AUGUCAGGCCAUCAGAAUCCCGGGAAUGCUGCUGCUGGCACCGCUAUCGAAAAUUUCACUGAUCCCAUCGAUAAAGUGGUCUCUAUGUUAUUGCCGUCUCAGCGUAGCACCGCUGAAGGAUAUUUCCAUGACACGAUCCCCUCCUUCGCUUCGACCUCGACUUUGCCAGGCUUUUUGCCAGCAGCCACCCAGCCUUCCGCUUUUCCAGAACCCUCCGUUGAUGAUUUUCUCUUCGAGCUCGAUGGAGGCAUCGAACCUUCACUCAAGCCUCCGCUGCCUGAUGACACACCUUCUACAACGGCGGUAUCGCCUCGUGACCGACUUAGCGUCCCAUUUUCCUGA